AGCACUGAGAUCAAGGGUUGUAUGUGCUAGAACGAGGAAAAGUCUACAAUCGUUUUAUGGAAUCGUUCAGAAUCGAUCAGAUAACCAGCUCAUAAACAAAAAUGAGAUAUACGAAAUUGUUAGUGUUACUAGUGACCUUACAGCUGAGCUUUACCGAAUCCAGACGGUUCGGUGCUCGACAUAAACGGCAGCAUAGCAGCAAUCUGUACCAGCCGGAAAGUUUCGUCAUACUCGGCGGCGAGGGACCACCGAACGAGCGGUGGGGACCCUGGGGCUCCCCGUCGGACUGUUCGCGGACGUGCGGUGGCGGCGUUGCGUACCAGGAGCGCGAAUGUCUUGAUCUGGAUCGCACCGGUACGCCCGUCUGUACGGGUGGAAAGCGAAAGUAUUUCUCCUGCAACACCCAGGAUUGUCCGGGGCGAGAAUUGGACUUCCGCAAGCAGCAAUGUUCGGAGUUCAACGAUGUACCGUUCGAGGGACAUCGGUACCAGUGGGUACCGUACACCCGGGCACCGAACCCCUGCCAGCUGAACUGUAUGCCCGUGGGUGAACGGUUUUACUACACGCACCGGGCGAAGGUAACCGAUGGAACGCGCUGCAAUGACGAGUCGUUUGAUGUGUGCGUCGACGGUACGUGUCAGCCGGUCGGGUGCGACAUGAUGCUGGGAUCGCAGGCGAAGGAGGACAAGUGUCGCAUCUGCCGGGGUGACGGUAGCAGCUGCAAGACGGCCACCGGGCUGCUGGAUGCGAACAAUCUGCAGGUCGGCUACAACGAUCUGCUGCUCAUCCCGUCCGGUGCGACGAACGUGCUCAUCAGCGAGCGGGAACCGUCGAACAACUAUCUGGCGAUACGGAACCUGACCGGGUUCUACCAUCUGAACGGCAACUAUCGUAUCGAUUUCCCGCGCACGAUCCACUUUGCCGGGAGCGACUGGCACUACGAGCGGCGCCCGCAGGGCUUUGCAGCGCCCGAUCGGCUGACGUGUCUCGGUCCGACGACGGAAUCGGUCUAUCUGGUGCUGCUGUCCCAGGAUCGCAACGUGGGCGUAAAUUACGAGUACAGCGUGUCAUCGGAGGUGGCGCCGGUCGACGAGCCGGACAGCUACUCGUGGAUGCAUACGGCGUUCGAACCGUGCCCGGUUAGCUGCGGCGGUGGUGUCCAAACGCGCAACGUCACGUGCAACAGCCGGGGUUCGCUCCGCGAGGUGGACGAGGGACUGUGCAAUUUGGGCGAAAAGCCACCGACGACACAAAAGUGCGGUCAGCAGUCGUGUCCACCGCGCUGGUUCGAGGGCCCAUGGAGCAACUGCAGCAAACCGUGCGGCACCGAGGGAAAGCAAACGCGCGAAGUGUACUGCGAGCGGGUGUCGGCCGAUGGCGAAACGAAAAAGAUCGAAGAUGAGGUUUGCCUUGAGCAGGUCGGCAACAAACCGGCCACGGAGCGCGAAUGCAACCAGGGUCUUAUCUGUCCCGAGUGGUUCGUUGGGCGGUGGUCUCCGUGUGAUAAGCUGUGCGGCGAGGGUGAACGAAAACGCAAGGUGGUUUGCUAUCGGAAGGAAAAUGGACGCAUCACGGUGCUGGAAGAUGACGAGUGCAUUACGGAAAAGCCAACCGUCAGCGAAAAGUGUAUGCUGCGACCGUGUGAAGGUGUGGAUUAUGUCACAUCGUCCUGGAGCGGGUGCGAUGAGUGUGGUGCAACCUUGGAAACGCGGACGGUGCACUGUGCGUCAAAGUCGGGAACCGUCUACGAUGCCUCGUUCUGUGCGGAUCGCCAAAUGCCGGAGCUGCAGCGCGAAUGCAAGCUGACACCGUGCGAAUACCAAUGGUACACGUCCCAGUGGAGCAAAUGUUCCGCCGUCUGCGGCAAGGGCGUACAGACCCGAACGGUCGUCUGCGGUAUGUUCGAUGGCCAGGCUCUCAAGCGGGCGGACGAUGAUUACAAGUGCGAUGCGGACCAGAAACCCGAGAAGGAACGCGAAUGUGACGGACCUCCCGAGUGCCCAGGGCAGUGGUUCGCCGGACCGUGGAGCGAUUGUGACAAGGGCUGCGGCGGUGGUAUGAUGGCGCGCAAGGUGCUCUGUCUCGCCAACGGUACCGUCGUGCCGGAAACGAACUGUGACGUGGACAAGAUCCAGCUGGCUACGGAAAGCUGCAACAAGCAUGACUGCACGGAGGAUGAAGUCAUACCGGUGACGGUUGGUAGCAAGCAGCCAGAGGAGGAUGACUACGACGACGAUGAGCUGUGCGACGAAGAGGACGAAGAUGGCACCGAUGAGGAGGAGGAUGGAUCGGGAGCGGAUGCGAGCACGGAGGGCCAGGACGGUGUAAUGAUGGUCACCGAAGAUACGACUCUGGCCGAAGGUGUUGAACUGGGCAGUAGCGUCAGUGGCACGACGGAAUCGUCCCUCGAGACGGACGAAGUUAUGAUGAGCGAUGCAACGGGCUUUGACACGGGAGCGACUGAUCCGGACGAGGGUUCGGUGACGGACAGCACAGUGGAAGGGUCCGGCGAUGGAACCAGCCGCAUGUCCGAACUAUCGGAAGCGUCGGGUGACGACAGCGAAGUAACGACGGUUGUGGCCGCAUCUCGUGCCUCGGAUGACGCAUCCUCGGAUGCGGUUGGUAGCUCUACAGAGGCCACCGGUUCUUCCGUCAGUUCGAUGGAAUCGGAAUCGGGCUCUUCUUCAGAGGCAAGCGCACAAAGCUCAACCGAGCCAUCGGAUAAGGUAUCGGACAGUCAAUCUACCACGGACGCUGUUGCGACCACAACGGAUAAUGUGUCCGCUACGGAAUCGUCUGAUACAACGACGGACGUUACGGAAACGUCCACUAGCUCCACUGACCUGGAAACGUCCACCGACCUGAGCAUGAGUUCGUCGACGGUAGAACCAACCAGUACGGUGGAUGAUGCGUCCACUACGGAUGUACCUUCCACGACCGGCAGUGACCUACUGAGCACAACUCCUGCUUCGGAUCUUGCAGCAACCAGCAGUCAGUCCGCUGGAUCCUCGGAAGCAUCAACCGACGUCAGUGCGACGGAAUCUAGCACCAAGCUGGUGGAAGGAUCCGAUGCCACCGAUAAAUCCUUGAUGUCUUCUUCCAGCGAAUCGUCCGUAACAGACACCUCCGCUGCCGGAACUAGCGAAUCGGGAUCUACGGAGGAAUCGGUUACGGGAGUUUCCACCGACGAUAGCUCCACUACUGUCGAAUCGACGGAACCCACCGCGACCGGUUCCACGGAAGACUUCACUGGCUCGACCGUAACCGAGGAGACAGUGGAGGACACCACAUUCGACAUCUGGGCGUCCUCGACAGAUUCGACCGAUGGCGAAACGGAUGACACCGAAAGUAGCACCCCGUACACGCUGACCUCGAUCAUUGCCAAGGAGCAGAAAUCGCGCAAAUGCAAACCCCGUCCGAAGGUGCCCCAGUGCGCCAAAUCUACGCACGGAUGUUGCCCCGAUGGCAAAACGAAAGCAACGGGACCGUUCCUCGAGGGCUGCAGUUUGGCGGAGACGUGCAAGGACACGAAGCACGGCUGCUGUCCGGACGGUUUGUCGCCGGCGAAGGGUCCCAACGGCAAGGGCUGCCCGAAGGCGGAGUGUGCCGACACACUGUUCGGAUGCUGUCCGGAUAAGGUUACGCCGGCCGAGGGUAAUGAUGCGGAGGGUUGUCCGGUCGAGACGACGACCGUCGCCGGAUGUACGGCAGGUAAAUUCGGUUGCUGUCCGGAUGGGACCACCGAAGCGAAGGGACCCAAUGCGAAGGGUUGUCCGGGUGUGGAAGAGAAGGGCGAGGAGACGCCAUCCGCCACGGAACAACCGAAGGUGGAAGAUCCUGCAGCACCGGUUGACGGUUGUGCCAGCACGGCGCACGGUUGCUGUCCGGACAAUACGACGGCUGCUACCGGACCGGAUGGUGCGGGAUGCGCACCGUGUGCCAAGGAACCGUUCGGAUGCUGUCCGGAUGGUAAUACGCCUGCCCACGGAUACAGUGGCGAGGGCUGCUGUCUGCAAACGCCGUACGGAUGCUGUCCGGAUAAUAUCGUCCCUGCACGCGGUCCCGACAUGGAGGGUUGUGAUUGCCAGUACGCACCGUAUGGUUGCUGUCCGGACAAUACGACGUCCGCCCGCGGUCACGAUAACGCAGGUUGCGGAUGCCAGUACGCGAAACACGGUUGCUGCCCGGACAAGGAAACGGAAGCGACGGGACCGGCGUUCGAGGGAUGUCCGUGUCACGCCCAUCAGUUCGGUUGCUGUCCGGACGGGGUCACCGCGGCCAAGGGACCGCACAACCACGGCUGCCACUGCUCCCACAGCGAGUUCAAAUGCUGCACGGACGAAAAGACACCGGCCACGGGACCGAACGGGGAGGGCUGCACCUGUGCGAACAGCCGGUACGGUUGCUGUCCGGACGGUGCCAGCGAGGCGCAGGGCAGCAAGUUCGAAGGCUGUGCCGUGGUGCCCGAAUCGCCACAGAAGGCUUGCGCGCUGCCGAAGGAUAAGGGACCGUGCCACAACUACACCGUCAAGCACUUCUUCGACGUGGAGUACGGUGGUUGCGGACGGUUCUGGUACGGUGGAUGCGACGGCAACAACAAUCGGUUCGAUUCGGUCGACGAGUGUAAGAACGUGUGCGAAACACCGACCGGCAAGGAUGUGUGCCAUCUGCCCAAGAUCACCGGACCGUGCACGGGACAGUACAACAUGUGGUACUACGACGCGGACCGGAACAUGUGCGGCCAGUUCACGUACGGCGGCUGUCUCGGCAAUGCCAAUCGGUUCGAGAAGCUUGAGGACUGUAAGGCGACGUGCAGCGUGGACGAUUCGAAACCACCAUGCGAGCAGCCGAUGGACGCGGGACCAUGCAAUGGUACAUUCGAGCGGUGGUACUACGACAAGGAAUCGGAUGCGUGCCAUCCCUUCUACUACGGCGGUUGCAAGGGCAACAAGAACAACUACCCAACGGAGGCCUCCUGCGGCUAUCACUGCAAGAAACCCGGCGUUCACAAACCGAGCUGUCGAGAACCGGUGGACGCUGGUAACUGCGAGGCACGGCAGGCCCGCUGGUACUUUGCCGGCGACAGUAACAAAUGCAUGCCCUUCUACUUUACCGGUUGCGGUGGCAACGACAACCACUUCGUUUCGCGCGAUCGUUGCGAAGAGCAGUGCCCACCGAAGGUUGAGAAGGACAUUUGCUUCCUGCCGGCGGAGAUUGGUGAGUGUCAGAAUUACACGGCCCACUGGUACUUUGACACCAAGGACGAACGGUGCCGUCAGUUCUACUACGGCGGAUGCGGUGGCAAUGGGAACAACUUCGUCGACGAACAGGCCUGCAUCAGCCGGUGCAUUGACGAGUCGCCGUCGAAGCCGGCGGAAGUUCCCCAGCAACCUCCGGCACAACCGGGUCGUACCGAUCCGGAACCGUUUGAUAGAAGCCAUUGCCAGCUGCCGAUGGAUAACGGCGAUCGUCAAUGUUCUCCGUACGUGGCGCGCUAUUACUACGACCCGCAGUCCGGUAGCUGUGCGGUCUUCACCUACACCGGCUGUGGUGGCAACGGAAACAACUUCCAGAGUAUGGUUGAAUGUGAGCAGAGCUGUGGCACUACCGACCGUCAACCGGUCGAUGUCGAUCUUCGGGGUCCCACGGAGCAGCGACCAAGCAAUGGUAGUCGCUGUGAGGAACCGCCAGAGUUCGGUGAUGGCGAUGGAGAUGGCGAGCUGAUCCUGUUCUACUACAACGCCGAACGUCAGUCGUGUGAGCGGUUCCGGUACAGUGGUGCCGGUGGUAAUGCGAACCGCUACAACUCGGAGGAAGAGUGCGAACGGGUCUGUGGAGUAUACCGAGGUGUUGAUGUCUGUAGAGACCCGGUGGAAUCUGGUCCGUGCGGUGACUUCAUCCCACGGUACUACUACGACUCGCGGGCACACGCCUGUUACGCCUUCAACUACAGUGGCUGCGAAGGCAAUGGUAAUCGUUUUGCAAGUGCAGAAGAAUGCGAGGGAACGUGCGUCCAUCAGCGACCGGGCUACGAGGAUGCUGACAAACUAGCCAUCUGCAGCCUGCCCGUUAAGAAGGGCGAUAACAGAUGCAGAGCAAGGCCCGGGAAACGGUGGUACUACAAUCCGCUGCUGGAAACCUGCUUUGCCUUCCGCUACAGAGGAUGCGGUGGCAAUCGCAACAAUUUCCCCUCGUACGACAACUGCCGCACGUACUGUAGCAUCGAAUCAAACGCGGUGAAUCCUUGCGAGCAGCAUGAACACGAAUGCAGCCGGCUCCAAUGUCCGUACGGUAUCGCCAAGUCCUACGAUGCGGCCAACGGUUGCGAAACCUGUCAGUGUAAUGAUCCAUGCGAAGGAUACCACUGUCCCGAUGGUAGCGUGUGUGUGGUGAGCGUGAAGAACACGGGAGCGAUAGGCAGCGGUUCCGAGUUUGUUGGAGAAUGCCGACUAUCAAACAAGCCGGGCGACUGUCCAGCGCUGGGCAACUCAUCGCAGUGCACUCAGAACUGCUACUCGGAUGCCCAUUGCCGCGAUGACAAGAAGUGCUGUCAGGCGGGUUGUGCGUACGUCUGCAUCAGUCCGGUAGAUCGGCCGAUGGUUCCUACUGCGCCGGUGCGACCGGAUGUGCCGGGACCGACCGUGCUGGAGGAAGUGCCUCAGGAGGAGUUGGACAUCAAGUCGGAGGAGGGUGGCAUUGCGACGCUGCGUUGCUUCGCCACCGGUUUCCCGCCACCUUCCAUUCGCUGGCGCAAGGGACAAGUACAGCUCAACACCAACCAGGGACGCUUUGUGCUGUCCUCGACGGGAGAUCUGCAGAUUGUGCAGCUGCAUCGUACCGACAGCGGUACCUAUGUCUGCAUCGCGGACAACGGUAUCGGCGAACCGGUGCUGCGGGAAGUUACGCUCACAGUGCGCGACCCGGUGCCAAGGGAUGCCUACAUCGCCGGCAAUCUGAACGAUUCGCAGGUGGUUGAGCUAGAUCAGCCGGCCACACUGCGGUGUGCGGCCGGUGGCCACCCGAAACCGAUCGUUAGCUGGUGGCGCGAUACGUACAUGAUGCCGCUGAAGAUGGUGAACCGUGACUAUUCGCUGCACAUUGAACGCGUCCGAUUGCCCGAUCUGGGCCCGUACGUGUGCCAGGCUUAUUCCGGUGCCGGCAAGGGUAUCUCGCGUACGGUCACCCUGUUGGGCUAUGGGCCGGCUACUCCGGAUAGUCCGGUGGAUGAGCACUACCUGAAGUAUGUUGUGCCCAGACCGAGACCGGUACCGUCGGUGCCGGCCGAUCGCUAUCCGUCACGGCCACGGCCACCAAUCGUUCAGCCACCGCCGGUUGUCGUUCGUCCGCCAGUUCCGGUGACGGUGCAAAUGUACUUCCCGCAGGGACGUGACCCGAUGCCAAAUAGUAACUUCACGAUCAACUGUACGGUGGACGGAUAUCCGCGGCCCACGGUGAACUGGUUCAAGGAUGGCCAGAUGCUGGUGCCCACCGACCGCCUACACAUCACCGACACGAACCUGCUGUUUGUGUCCGGAGCAGUGCCGGCCGACAGCGGCCGGUACAAGUGCCUUGCGAGGAACGAAUUGUCGGAAGCAUUCCAGGAGCACAGUAUACGCGUCGAAGGCGUGUACGUACCACCCGGCUGUACCGAUAAUCAGCUACUCGCCAAGUGUGACCUGAUCGUCACGGGACAAUACUGCAACCACAAGUACUACGCUCGGUUCUGCUGCCGGUCGUGUACGCUGGCGGGACAGAUAAAUGUAGACAAGCGUUACCGCUAAACAUGCGCGUGCCAUAAAAGAAAUUAAAACAAGGAAUUUAGCAGCAUGUUGCAACCACAAGCCAUCAUUGUACAACACAUUCUCUAUCUCGAGACAGCCAAAAAAAAAAAACCGAACAACAAACAGCUACACUUUCGCAGCAGGGCACAAAAAUGAAUUGCUUUACGCAUCUAUUUAUUUGCUGUUUUUACAAACCCCUCUCCGGUACUAGCAUGGCUCGCAUACGCAGUGUGCCGUUAGUAAGGUCCUCAUCAACAACAAUAGCGCUGGUGCCAAUCGUUACAACCGGCUUGCUUGAGCGGUAGCAUUUAAACCAAAACCUCGAAUCUGGUGCCGAACGUUCGUGCCAACCAUUGUAGUGACAAAUGUUUACAAGUAGUACUUUAUAUAGUUCAGUCGUUGUUAAGGUUAAUAUCGAUAAGGCGUAGCCAGUGGAGUUAUAUAGAUCAGUGUUCAGCUCAUCAAUGGUCUACAACCACCAGCACCUCAGCAUUACCUAACCCCCCCCAAAUACGCAAACAAACCCGGUACAAGGACAACUCAUUCAAGUUGGUUGAAAGAAAUCAACAUCAGCAGAACAUGGCGAUAGCAGCAGCAAACGCAAGUGGACAAGAAGAAAUGAUGGACAAGAAAACAGCUAAUGGACCUGCAUGCACUGUAGCACAUACACAAAAUGCAUUUCCCGCAGUAGUGUUUCCUUUCCCUGUUGCUUACUGUAAAUAAUUUAUUGUCAACAAUCAGAUCCUCCUCCAUCGGCUCUCUCUCUCUCGAACACACUCAAAAGCGCCACUGUAGAAUUGUAGCCUGCCGCGUGGAGGUACAGUGAAAUAGAACAGAAUAAAAAAAAUAGAACCUAGAAUAAAUUCGAUU